AUGGACUGGGAUCCACCUGCACAGCAAGUGAUUAAUGACGAAAAUACGCAAGGUUCACCAACAAGAGUAGGAACAUCAGAAUGGUGUCUGUGUGGCAAUUGUAUGCCAAUGCAAAGUGAGGAAGAAAGUCUAUGCUGCAGGGAGAUAGAGAACAUUGUCGAUAUGUUGAAUGAACAACAGAAUUGCAUUUGCAAUCUUCCAUAUCUACGUGAGCAAUUAUCUUCACGGGAACACGUGCUGUCUCUAUACCGUUAUGGUCUCAGCUAUGUAAAAUCCGCUAGAUUCCGUUCUCCGGAACAAAUGCAGGAAAGGUGAGUGUAUCAUAAAUCUAAAUACAGCGCAUUGUUCUUUAAAACGGUCAUGGAUUUAAAAAAAAAUGAAGCAAAAUUAAUCUCUAAGGGAGUGACACAAUAAAAACCUUGUUUUGCUGGCACUAUAUAGUGGUUAGGUCACCCCCCAACAUCUGGUGAACAAAUCCUGCUAGUCUGAAGGGGCUAAAACAUCGUCAGCCAGUAGCCUUUGUCCAGUGUUGUGCUCCCCCGGUGAUGGUGACCUCUCCUCCUCCUGCCAAUGUCCGCUACCAAUGCACAUGCGUGUCUAUAGCGUUGUGCAUUCGGUAAACAGCCUAUAGGAAAGAAUUACUCCAUGCUUGCCUAUGAACGUCCAGCGUCUUCUCAGUCAGUUAGAAUUGUGUAAGCUCCUCUUGCGAAUGUCUGUGAGACAGCCACUAGAGGCUGGAUUAACCCUCAGUGAAACACAGCAGUUUCUAUGAAACUAUGUUUACACCGAAAUGUGUUAAAAAUAGUGGGACCUGGCACACAGACCACUCCAAGUCAAUGAAGUUGUCAGGGUGCCUGGUCCCUCUAGUUUUAACCCUGCCGCUCCAAACAUAGUGUAGGAGAAACUGCUAGCUUUCAAUGAGGUUUAAUCCAGCCUCUAGUGGCUGUCUCACUGACAGUUGCUGUUUCCUCAAUUCUCACAACGCUGGAUGUCCAUAGGAAAACAUGGAGUAAUGCGGACGUUGGCAGAAGGAGGAGAGGUUGCCAGCACAGAAUGAGCUCGGUGCUGGAGAAAGUCAAGUGUCUGAAGGUGUUUUAACCCCUUCAGCGCAUCAUGAGUGGGGGCACUGAGGCUGUGUGUGGGGGGGGGGACACUAAUGACCCUAUAGUGCCAAGAAAACGAGAUUUUUUUCCUGUCACUAUAGUGCUCUUUUGUUUUUAGUAUUCAAAUACUACAAUUGUUUAUGUUUUGUUUUAAUUACUUUCUAUAGUUUUUGAUGCUAAAUUUUAUAUUCAUAAUUUAAUAUUUUUUAUUCUAUACUCCAUUGACACUCAUUUUUUGUUUGGUUAUUUAUAUGCAAUGUUAAAUGUUUCCUUUUUUUUUUUUUUUUCACAGUGACUACCGAAAAACUGCCUACAGGUCCUUCACAAUGUGGGUGUACGGAUACCUGGGACCCAAAAGGCGGCGUCCGAUACCACAGUAA